AUGAAGCUCGUCAGGUUCUUGAUGAAAUGCCAAAAUGAGACGGUCACCAUCGAGCUCAAGAACGGCACUGUUGUCAAUGGUACCAUUGCCUCCGUCUCGCCGACGAUGAACACGGCGCUUCGCACGGUCAAGAUGACGCCCAAGAACCGCGACACCCUGACUCUCGACACCAUAAACAUUCGCGGCUCCAACAUUCGCUAUUACAUCCUCCCGGACAGCCUGCCGCUGGACACGCUCCUGAUCGACGAUGCGCCCAAGCCCAAGAACAAGGCCAGGAAGGAGCAGGCCGACCGCGGCGGCCGCGGCCGUGGUCGUGGCGGACGUGGUGGAAGGGGCCGUGGCCGUGGUCGCGGCGGUGGCCGUGGCUUCUAA